GAUGAUAAUAUGAUGAUGAGAAUGAUACUGCUCUGAUAAUCUCCUUUUCAUCAUCUUAACUGUAGUUGGAUUAGUUAAUCAUUUAGUUUCAUUUCGUCUUUUAAUCAGCUCAACUUUUUUUUCGCCUUCAUCUUCAUCGCAACAAUUUAGAUACAUUUUUGACUCGGUGAUCAUCAUUUAGUCACUUUCAAGUUAAUUGGACAAUAGCCAUUGAUUGUGUACCUUAAUUGUGCUUCUGUGAUUUAGUGAUUUAUGGUAAUUGUUGCUGGUUAACAUUUUCUUUCCUCUUGGAUUUGUUUACAAUUAGCAACGAUUUUUUUUCGUGAAACUUUCAAAGUGUUUUCAUCGGUUUCAUCAUUAUCACAUUUGACUCUUAAUUGUUUGACACCUUUGGAUAUUAAUUCAGUUUAUUGUAAGGCUAAUUGUCCCAACCAUUAAAAGAACAAAGUGUUCGGGCUGAUUUCCAUGAGAAACGAAUCAUCAUUAACUAAUCAUCACAAUCAACCAUCAUGAGGAAGAUAAUAUUUAACUCUUAUUACCUCAACAAUUUACCGAUCAUCAAUAUGAUCACCAUCAUCAUCAUCAUCUUAUUAGUCAAGAUUAACGAUGCCAAAGAGAUUGAUAGUAAAACUGAUCUUCUUCAGGAAGAAUCUUCUGCCGCUGGUGAGCUAUUUGCUGAACAUCGAGCGCAUCCCAGUUCUGUUAAGGUGGAAGGUAAACAGCCUCCGGUCACUGCAGUUCAACCCGCUGGCGGGAAUGAACUUUGGCCUCUUGGUCGUAGCGAGUCACCGCAGAUUAAAAAUAUAAACGUCAAGUGUGAAAAGAAUCACAUGAAGGUCAAUAUUGAAUUCGAUCGACCUUUCUAUGGAAUGAUAUUUUCAAAGGGUCACUAUUCGGAUACUAAAUGUGUCCACCUUGCCCCUGGAACAGGUCAAUUGGUCACUUCAUUUGAUAUCUUUCUUGGAGCCUGUGGUAUGACCUCUUCAGACCAGGCAUCUUUUGGAACUGGUCGACCUGGAAGUGGACUUUACAUUGAGAACACAAUUAUAAUCCAAUAUGACCCUCAAGUCCAGGAAGCUUGGGAUCAGGCGAGGAGACUUCGUUGUACUUGGUACGAUUUUUACGAGAAAUCAGUUACUUUCAGGCCGUUUGAUGUCGACAUGAUGGACGCGGUAACAGCAAAUUUCCUUGGUGAUAAUAUUCAAUGUUGGAUGCAAAUCCAAGCCGGUAAAGGUCCAUGGGCUUCCGAGGUAACGGGAAUCGUUAAAAUUGGCCAGACAAUGACCAUGGUCUUAGCGAUUAAAGAUGAUGAGAAUAAGUUUGACAUGUUGGUUCGUAAUUGUGUCGCUCACGAUGGUAAACAUCAACCCAUCCAACUGGUGGACGAUUAUGGUUGCGUUGUCCGACCCAAGAUAAUGUCCAAAUUUCAAAAGGUCAAAAAUUUCGGUACCUCGGCAACCGUAGUUUCCUAUUCCUAUUUCCAAGCAUUCAAAUUUCCCGACUCAAUGAAUGUCCACUUCCAAUGCGUUAUCCAAGUUUGUCGCUACGAAUGCCCUGAACCUAAAUGUUCAGGUUCGAUAACUGGUUCUGAGUUACCCUUCCCUGGACAAAUCAAAGGUGGAACAGCAUCAAGUGAAUCAAUUAAUCCUCGAGAUCCCUCGCUAAUCGCAGUCUCCCCAUCGACCUCACUCGAAACCGAUGAGACAAGUUUACAUGUUGAUCGAGUUCCCUCUCCACCAACAUUAUCCUCAACAAUUGGAUCAGCUAAUCACUUCCUUGAUCCAACCAAAAUGACAAUGCUUAAAAUCCCAACAGGUUAUCCAAAUGGAUCACCUUAUCCUCCAGACAUGUUCCUAAAUCGUCAUGGAGAUGGAUUAACAAUCAAUGAAUAUUCAUCAACACCCAAUUCAUUAAACAAUUUAACCCUCUCUUCAAACAGCACCAAUAAUAGUAAACGUAAACUACCAAAUGUCUCAUCAAUCGGAGGAAUGCCAAGAUCAACCAAUUUAUAUCGAAACGAUUAUAAUCACAAUCGUAGCUCAUCAAGAAAUAGGCAACGAAAUCGUCGACAAACAUUAUCAUCAUCAUCAUCAUCUUCUUCUUCAUUAUCUUCAUCAUCACCUCGUUACACUGAUAUUAAAACUGAGAAGAUAAUCCGAGUUGUAGCUCCCGGUGACGUUUCUUUUAAUCUUCCAACAUCAAAUGAUGAAGAAUCGGGUAAUCUAACGAUCGUUGAUGUUUUAUCAAAUUCAAACUCAGAACCAGUUAGUUUACUUUGUAUGUCGACAACUAAUUUCAUGAUUUGUUUAAUCUCCUUAAUCCUAAUCCUUUGCAUGUCAACAUUAAUCGCUGCAUUUUUCUACCUUCGCCUGAGGGCUUAUUCUCAGUGUAAAAAGGGUAAAAUGAUCAAUGGUUUAUCAUCAUCUUCAUCACCUUCAUCAACAUCUUCUUUUUUCACAAAUUCAACCACAACCGGAACCGGAACAACAUUUGAUGAGUACAAUAAAGUUGCUACACUGCAAAAGUUUCACUUUCCAAGGUAAACUUGAUUUCCAAUGAAGUUUUCACAGGAUUAAAUGGAUUACCAUCCAAUAAACAACACUUUAGAAUCUUUAAUUUAAACCAAUUAUAGGAAUCAAAACAAUCAGCUAAAAGAAAAUUUAAUUCAACUUUUAAAUUGUUGGUGGUUUUCAUCAUCUUCAAUCAUCAUCAUCAUCAACAACAUAAUCAUCAUCGCCAUAAUCAUCAACAUCAUCAUCUUCAUCUUCUCAUCAGCAAUAGAACAACAAAAAGAGCAAUUUGUUUAAUUCUUAUUAAUUGUAAUGACAAUUAAAUUACAAUAAUUAAGAUGUGAAUUAAUCCUGAAUCUUCAGGAUUGUGAUGAUUUAAUUUGAUUAAUGUUUUAUUAUCCUUGUUUAUUUUUUACACAAUCACGUUAAUGUUAAUUGUUUUGAUAGAUUUAUCUGUUUGUUUGUUGAUAUAUGUUAAUGUUAAUCAGCUAAUUUUAAUCAUAAUGUUUACCAAUUUAUCACAAUCAACAGAAAACUUUUAAAUUGUUUCCCGUAACAAUUUACUGAGUACCAAAGUUUUGUUGUUGUUGUUGUUUUAUUAUGAAAACAAAUUGAUUAGGUUUUUGAAACAAAUACAAUCAAAUUUAGGUUAAAUUGGUUAAGUUAAACAUUAUAAUUAGCUAUUAAUAAUAACAAUUAAAUUACCUUUACUAAUGAGAUGUUUUUGCAAUUGAUUGAUUAAAUCAAUCAAAGAGAAUCAAUUUUCCUAAUUUAUGUUAAUCCUUUACAAUUAACCAACUUUUAUCAUUAAGUUAAUUAUAAUAUGUACUAGAUGAAAGUUAUUAUAUUAUUUAAGAAAUGAUUAGUUAUUUUUGCCGCUUAAUUGUUACAAUUUAUGUAAACAACAAUCAAACCCCCUCCUACACACACACAUAAACAUUGUAAACGAUUAUGAUUAAGAUGAUUGAUGAUAAAUCAUCAAAGUAAUUAAUCUUAAUUGAUCUGAUAUAACCAAAUUAACCACCAGUGAUACAAAAAUAAAACCAUCAACAACAAUUAACAUCAAUCACAGACAAAGAUGAACCAAUCAACUGUAAUCAAAGUAUUCAAGUAAUUAACUUGAACUAUUUAAUUGUUAUGAUAAUCAUUUUAAUUGUAAUGCUUUGUGUUUUAAAUGAUAUUAAUCAUUUCGCCAAAAAUAUUGUUGAUCAAAAAUUUCCGAGCACAGAAGCAAAAACUAAAGGUUAAUUAUUACAAUUAAAAAAAGUGUAAAAAUUAAACAAUUUAA